UACAACCUUUACGUACAUUACUCACGUGGUGAUUGUCAACGCCGCUUGUAACCAUGUUAAAUUUAAAUGUUAUUAAUUAAUCGGUACAACUUAUAUACAUAUAUGUAACCAUACAGGAUAUAAUUAAUAUAGGAUAGUUACAAUGACAAAAAGCUUUGACCUUACAAAGAAUUCAGCACACAGCAAUCCGGUAUAUGAUGGAUCUCAGUAUAACUUGAUAACAGACGGCGUCGGAAAACCUCGGAAAAAGCGAUCGAGAUACAUACUGGCAGCCGUGAUGGUCGUGUGUUUACUGGCUCUAGUGGUUGGUAUUGUUGUUUGGCUAUCUACAAAGGACUCAUCAGACUCAUCUAAUUCCCAAAGUGAAAAUGAAAAACAGGAAGGAGAAUCAACGCGGUCAACGCAGGUCCCCGUGACAUCGACAACAAGGAUAACGUUGUCCACCCGUCCAUCUGAAACUACAUCGCAAAAUACAGGUGGAAUAUCUACCCGUCAUACGACAUCUUCAGAAUCAACAACGCAAUCAGUUGAAUGGCUUUCAAGAUCAUGUGUUAACCCAGAUUCCGCACCUAAAUGUCCAUGGAGACAAAACCCACUGGUCCUUGUGUCCUUGGAUGGAUUUCAAGCAGAGUAUUUACUAAGAAAUCUGACACCAACUAUCGAAAAACUACGAGAUUGCGGUGUCCACACCCCAUAUAUGAGAGCUGUGUAUCCGACAUUGACGUUCCCUAAUCAUUACACUAUUGUAACGGGUCUGUAUCCGGAAUCACAUGGUAUUGUUGGAAAUAGUAUGUAUGAUCCACAUCUAAACCAGUCUUUUUCUAUCAGUAGUGAAGAGAAAUUCAACUCGGCAUGGUGGGGCGGUGAACCGCUUUGGGUAACCGCUAAGAAACAAGGCAAAAGGACAGCCUCUUACUUUUGGGUUGGAAGUGAAAUGAAUAUUUCUGGAGUACAACCUGAUAUUUGGAAACCAUAUGACGGGAAAAUACCGUAUGAAGAUAGAGUGGAUACAGUGUUGGACUGGAUUGACUUGCCUGAUGGAGAAAGACCUGAUUUCAUUACGCUUUAUUUUGACGAACCUGAUCAUGUUGGCCAUGGUUCAGGGCCUAACAGCGAACAGGUAAACUCCAUGCUAAGUCGUGUGGACGGUAUCAUUGGUCGACUGAUGAAUGGACUUCUUGCGCGUCAAAAAGACCAUUGUGUCAACCUUAUUGUGCUUGCUGAUCAUGGAAUGGCUGAAACAUCAUGUGAGCGACAAGUUGUUUUAAGCAAAUAUUUGGAUGGUGUCGAUGAUAUGUUGAUAUAUUCCGGCACAACUGGUCAUAUCAAUCCAAGAUUCAGAAAAGUCAGUAGAAAUGUCUAUGAAAAUGAGAAUGUUACACAAACAAAAGAUAUUAUUGAUUCACUGAAGUGUAAAAACUCUCAUCUGAACAUAUUUUCACGUUCAUCGUUACCUGCUCGACAUCACUAUGCCAAUAAUGAUAGAAUUGGCGAAGUCGUCCUUGACAUUGAACAGUCUUGGCUGGUAUACCCAACGAAAAGAAAUGGUUGUCUAAAAGGAAACCAUGGUUACGAUAACAUCUACAAAAGUAUGCAUGCUCUGUUUUUAGCCCAUGGACCUGGUUUUAAACAAAACCUAGCUGUUGAAGCUUUUGAAAAUAUCGAGCUGUAUAAUUUAAUGGCAGAAUUGCUAAGUAUAAAGCCAGCACCGAACAACGGGACAGCAGGAACUUUGGACCAUCUCCUUCAAAAUCCUUUAGAACCUAGUUUACCAGUAUUUCAACCUCCUGGCUUGUGUACCACCUCCUCAAGGUCGAAAUCUGUUUCUUGCCACUGCAACGACACGAAUGAUGUAAAUCACCCUAAUCUACCAGGACAUGGUGUAUUUCCUUUUGGACAACCUGCUGUUGUAAACAGUGACAAUAUAUGCGCCCUCCACGGACAAAAGUAUUCCUCUUUCUACAGUAAAUUACAUAAAGCACCGGUCAUAAGCUCGUUCACAUUGACAUCAGACCAAGUACGCAGUUAUAGCGAUGUUAUUGAUGAUUGUUUAAUUGCUGACACCCGAAUUAGUACAGCAGAUGAUCCUAAAUGUUCCCAAUACGUGAAUUCAAACACAAGUGUUGAUUCUGUGCGUUUUUUUAAUCCAGGUUUUCUAGACAAGGACAAAAAUGCUGAAGCACUUCUAUCAUCAAACAAAGUACCGAUGUAUACUGGCUUCAGAGCAGGGAUAUGGGCAUACACCUGGCGUGUAGUGAAAGAAUACGCUAUCGAAUAUCACACAAUACACGUAACUGUUGGUCCAAUCUACGAUCACGACUUUGACGGUCUUAUGGAUACAAAUUUAACCAAAAACACUAUAUACGUCGACUCUAAUAAACUUGUACCAUUGCCAAGCCAUUUCUAUGUGAUACUUGCGAAAUGCUCGGACAGUUUACAACAGAAUUUAUCCGAAUGUAACUCUCAUUCAGCCGUUGAUGUGUUAUCUUUUGUUCUACCACACCAAAACAAAACAAAUAAUUGUUUGACAAACAAGGAUUUUCUGCUGAACAAUAUUGCUAGAAUUCGAGAUAUUGAACAACUCACUGGACAGAGGUUCUUGACAACAUUUUCAAGGUCAGAUAAUGCUAGGUCAAGGACUUUUCUCCCGCCGAGUAUGUGGCCUUCACCUUUGAUGACUCCGUGGGAAGAUCUGCCUUGUCCGAUUCCUAACGCAUCUUGCCCUGCAGGAUCAAAGCCAUUAUUACUGAUUUCAUUAGACGGAUUUCGAGCAGACUAUCUAGGACGACAUUUGACACCAACCAUAGAGAGACUUGCUAAAUGUGGAGUACAUACGCCCUACAUGAGAUCUGUGUAUCCGACGGUUACAUUCCCCAACCAUUACACUAUAGUCACCGGUCUGUAUCCAGAAAGUCAUGGAAUAGUUUCAAACAACAUGUAUGACGAAGAGAUUGACAAGAUCUUUUCACUAUCUGCUUUUACAGCGAAAGAUUCAAGAUGGUGGAAAGGAGAACCGUUAUGGAUCACCGCAAAGAAACAAGGCCUUAAAACUGCAACAUAUUUUUGGCCAGGCUCUGAUGUGAACAUUUCAGGAAUAUAUCCGGAUAUUUGGAAACACUAUGAUGGGAAAGCCGGAUAUAGCCAGCGUGUGUAUGAUGUUUUAGAUUGGUUGAGUAUGCCCGAGGAUACCAGGCCAGAUUUUGUGACACUUUAUUUUGAUGAACCUGAUCAUGCUGGUCACAACAGUGGGCCUGAGAGUGAAGAGGUUGACGGACAGCUUGAGACAGUGGAUGAACUAAUACAUAUUCUGAUGUCGAAUCUAUAUGAGAAAGGUCUCCAUAACUGUAUCAACAUGAUUGUACUAGCAGAUCAUGGAAUGUCACCACAGAGUUGUGAGAGAACAGUUAGAGUUAAAGAUUACUAUCAAGACAUAGACAACAUGCUUAUGUUUGAUCGAGUUUUCGGACAAAUAUUCCCACAGUUUGAGAAGGACAGUAGAUACGAUGCUCAUAGGCUUAAUGCUUCCUUUCAGACUGAUGAUAUUGUAGACAAUUUGAUGUGUCAACAUCCUGCAAUGAAGGUAUUUACAAAAGAUACCAUGCCAAUUCGGCACCACUAUACAAAUUCCAACAGAAUUGGGACGGUGUCCAUUGAUAUGAAAGAUGAGUGGCUUGUACUUAGAGAUAAAACAACUUAUUGCAACGGUGGAAAUCAUGGUUGGGAUAAUACAAAUAAAAACAUGCAUGCUUUAUUUCUUGCCCAUGGUCCAGCUUUCAGAGACAAUUUUACUGCUGUUCCAUUUGAAAACAUAGAAUUGUACAAUCUAAUGACAGAGGUACUGAACAUAUCAGCUGCACCUAACAAUGGUACACAGGGUAGUUUACAUUAUAUCCUUCGAUCAGGACAGCCGUUACAUUCUAACAGUUUUCCAGCAGUGGAUAGAUAUCUAACCAAUAAAACAGAAAAUUUGACAUUUUGUAAAUGUCCAGACAAUAAGAACCUUGUGAAUUCCGAUGUUUUCCUAGAAUCUAACGAUAGCGUACUUCUCUUCGGAGUUCCCACAUUUAGUAAUAAGGAAAAUGGUUGCCUUCUUCAUCAAAAGGGAUUUUCCACCGUAUAUAGUCAUACUUUCCAGGGGCCAAUAAUGUUAUCAACGAAAUUGAAUAAACAGACUCCGAAUUUCACAUCUGAUUCAGCAUCGUGCAUAUUAAAUGAUUAUCGUGUAAAUUCUGAUGUGGAUUUGUGCUCCAUUGUUGUAAAAGAUUCCGCUCUAGAACUGUUUCCUAUUUUAGAUUUAGAGGUUGGUAGUGACACAUAUUUAUCGUCAUCGAUAGUUUCUUUGUAUACUGGAUUCCAGCAUGGUAUAUGGACAUACCUUUUAAAGCUGCUGUCGGAUUACAAGUCACUUUAUGGUGAAAUCAGCCUAACAGUUGGAACUAUUUAUGAUUACAAUAAUGACGGAUUAUGGGAAGGGUUGAUUAACGAAACAAGAUAUGCGGAUAAAGAUUCUGUUUUACCUGUACCUACACAUAUCUACGCUAUCCUUAUCAAGUGUAAAACAGUCGGAGAAGUCCUACCAUGUGAUGGAAAUAUUGAUAUUUUGCCAUUUGUACUACCAAACUUGAAGGAGGCCCCAAAUUGCUUGAGGCCGGAUAUUUAUUUGAAAGAUAAUGUUGCAAGGAUACGUGACAUAGAGUUGCUGACAGGUUUACAGUUCAUGACGUCAUUUGAUGUUGUAACGGCUGCCAGAUUAAGAACUUUUCUCCCAGAAGAUAUUUGGGACACCUCAUUGCCGCGUUCAUGGUCAGAUGAACAAUGUCCUCAUAAAGACCUGUGCCAAUCCGAUUACAAGCCUACACUGCUGAUAUCAUUGGACGGAUUCCGUGCGGAUUAUUUGUUACGAAAUAUGACCCCAACAAUAUCAAGACUGAGUCAGUGUGGUGUACAUGCCCCUUAUAUGAGAUCAGUAUAUCCAACUAAGACAUUCCCUAAUCACUACAGUAUUGUCACAGGACUGUAUCCAGAAUCACAUGGUAUAAUUGACAACAACAUGUAUGAUAUAAACAUUGGGAAGAGGUUCUAUCUUGGAAGUGAAACAUCCAGUGAUCCAAGAUGGUGGGGAGGAGAACCAAUAUGGUUAACUGCCAAGCGGCAAGGAAUCAAAACGGCGACAUACUUUUGGCCUGGAUCUGACGUGAAAAUUCAAGGAGAAUAUCCUGAUAUCUUUAAGAAAUAUGAUGGAUCAAUACCUUAUUCUUCUCGGGUUCGUGAUGUAAUUUCUUGGAUGUCUCUCCCUGAAGGAGAACGGCCGGAUUUUAUCACUCUGUAUUUUGAUGAACCAGAUUUAGCCGGGCAUAAACAUGGUCCUAGCGACGAGGCGGAGAUAGGUGCAACUUUAGAGAGAGUAGAUGAGACAAUUGAACAGCUAAUGGAUGGUUUAUUUAAUAAAAAGCUACACCAUUGUGUCAAUAUAAUUAUCAUCGCUGACCAUGGAAUGGACGAUGUAAGUUGUAGUAAGAUUGUACGCCUGAGUCAUUACGUUGACAAAGAUUAUUUAAGCGGACAUUUUUAUGUUUGGGAAGGUCCUUUUGGUAGGAUUGCCAAUGACUACCGCUAUAACUCAACCGUUAAAGACGUAUGGCCUACAGACAACCCAGAACCAUAUGAUGCUCUUCUUUCAAACUUGACAUGUGCAAGUCCUCACAUGAAUGUGUUCCAGAAAACUUCACUUCCUGUACGUCAUCAUUAUACAAACAACGCAAGAAUUGACGACACAAUACUAGAUAUUGAAUCGGGAUGGCUUGUCACACGAAACUGGAUAAACAAUUGUCGGGGUGGAAAUCAUGGCUAUGACAACAUCUACAAGAGUAUGGAGGCAUUGUUUCUCGCUUAUGGUCCUGCUUUCAAAUGGAAUAAGACUAUCGAACCAUUUGAAAACAUUGAACUGUACAACAUGUUUACUGAUAUAUUAAAUAUCACUGCUGCGCCUAACAAUGGUACUAAGGGAUCUCUGAACCAUAUAUUGAAGGAAACACGUUAUCUUUCAAACGAAGAACAGCAAAAUGACGAUUAUCAUAGCUCAACAUUACGUUAUAAAGACGCAGGGGAAUUUGUUUCAUUCGUUCAGUCGAAUCCAUGUGGCGGUGACUGUAAACACUUUUCUGAAACAGAGAUGACUAUGAUAUUUAAGACCGUAUCCGAAAUACAAGAAAAUAGUAUUCAUCUACCAUUUGGUCAACCAAAGUUAAAAACACCAGUGUUCCAUUUGAGAAACGUAACAUUACUAUAUCAAGAAGGUUUUGCGUUGGCCUUUGAUGAUUAUCUGAACACUCCUGUAUGGAUUUCCCAGACAUUUAAUGGAACCCACCUUACGGUGCCACCGGAAGUAACAAGAUGUUAUCUCCCAGAUCCAAGAAUAGAAAAAGAAUAUUUUAUAUGUGAUCCUGGGGUAGAUGUCAUGCACACGCCGUUGAAUGACUAUUUCCAGACUGCACGUCAAAGUUCUUCCAUGCUUACGUCAGGUCUGACCUGGAUGAAGUCUUCCUUUUAUACGAAUAUUUGGAAACCAGUCGUGAAAUUUAUCAGUGAGAAGAUAUCGAAAACUAGGAGUGUGAACAUUCUGCUGGGACCACUAUUUGACGACAAUCAUGACAGUUUACCGGAUGAUAACAUCUAUAUUAGUAACAAAAGUCUUCCGAGUCAUUUCUUUAUCGUGUUGACAAAUUGUCAAGAUCAUACUAUGACCGUUGAUCAUUGUGAGAAAUACCAUGUCGAAUCUUAUAUCAUUCCCCACCUCGAAUAUCUCAAAAUGUGUAAGGAUGUUGAUACGUUCUUGAGAGAAAAUGAAGCACGUAUGCGAGAUGUUGAGAUACUUUCUGGACUUGACCUGUUGUCAUCAUUACCUUCUGAUGUUGCUAUACGAUUGAAAACUUCGUUACCUCUUACUUUUACAUAGUAGCGAAAAAAAAAUAGUUACAAUAAAAGUGUUCAAAACAAAAGAUUAUGUGUUUUGGUACAAGUCUGUGUUUCAUAAAAAGACCCUUUGAAAUAGCAAUAUGCAUCAAAAUUAAGAUGUUGUUAUGUCUCUUUUAUCAUGUUCUUAUUUCAUACUUCAUUUGUUCCUUAUUCAUUUUCCAUGAACAAGUUUUGCUACCUCUUACUUCGUUUGACAAUUUCCUGAUCAUUUCUUAUGUUUCAUAAUUUAGUGAGCAUGCAGUAAGGCGUCGAUUUGUCAGGUUACCCGCGAACAAACUAAAUGCAUUGCAUCGUUUUGAUGUUUAAUAUUUGUUUUUGAGGUUACAUUAAUAUAAGUUUCGCUACAGUUGAUUCCUGUUAUAAUUGUGACAUUAAUGUUAAAUAAGAUUGUUGUUUUAAGAGUUAAACAGCCAAAAGCUAUCACGUUAAAUAGUUACCUUACUUAAUAUUUUAGUUGACAGUAUUUUCUACUUUUUCUUAUUUUGUCUUAUGUUUAUACAUUUCUUUCGACAUGACCAUUUACAUCGAUGAUAUAGUUGUUUCUUUAUUUAGAUAGUGAACCAUAUAGUAGUUUAAUAUGUUUUAAACAAAUAAAAAUAGUAAGCUAUCAGUAUUGUAUUAGUCACUUUAUAGGUAAAUAUUGUAUAUGUUGGAUAUGAAAAUAUGUGUCAACGGUCAUUGUGAAUGUGGACAUGAAAAUUAAACAGAUUAAAGAAUCUAAGAUAACCUUGUUGUCCUUAGUGUGAUAAGUAUGUCAUGAAACUAUUUUAAAUGGUUAUCAAUGAAAAUAUUAUUCAUAAGAGACAGAGUAUCAUACAGUUAAAAUGCAUACAAUCUGUAUGAGGACAUACCUGUAAAACAUGGCUAUUAGUCCAAAGUAUGAGAACUUCUCUUUUGUGGGUUCACAUGAAGAUCUGUUCACAAAAUACAAAAGGAAGUGUGCUGACAAAACCCUCAGACAGAAACGCUCAAAAUAUAUAACAACUGGAGUGGUUCUGUUCCUGCUAAUUGCGUUGGUUGUGGGUCUGUCGAUUGGUUUGCACGUGACGAAAUCAGCUGAGAAGGUAGAAUCGUCUGAGGAAGUUGAUAUACACAUAGAAAUAAAUGAUGACAACAACACCGCACACAUAAACGGAAUAAUAUCGCCUAAUCAUAUACUG